AUGAAAUCACUCGUAGCCUCACCUACUGUCACUAUCUCGAUCACCAGUCUUGAGGGCUCGUCGUCCUCCUCCGUGCCACCAGCAUGUGGAUUAAGAUUUGCCCGAUACUAUCUAGACGAGAUUGUCUCGCCCAGCGGUGCACCUUUCUUCUCUGUCGACCACCAGAACUGGAUCCGCCGGUGUACGGGACAGGCUCACGUGUUCUCCAACCUGUCGGGGCUCGAUUCAACGUCGCCGUUAUUAUCAUCAUCCUCCUGUGCCGGAGGCGACUACCCGGCUGAUUGCAAUCAGAUCAAACUGCCGGCCCGACGUGUCGUCGAAGACUAUCUGCAAAUGUUCCGGGCGACUCCCUUCCGACUCGUGUUCCCCAUCGUCGACGGUGUCUUGUUUCAGGAAACCAUCAGUCAAGCUUACGAUCCGCACCACGCAGCUAACCCAGCAGCCCAGGCCUGUGUCUUCUCCUUUCUUGCCAUCAUUACUCAUACACAAUGGAGCCCGCGCAACAUGGCCGUCAUCAUUGACAGCGAGGCAUGCGUCUGGCAGGCCCAGCGCCUGAUGCCCCUAGCCCAAGCGAGCCAGGACAUUACGGGACUCCAAACUUGCCUUAUGCAGUGCAUGUAUCACCUCUUCUGCGGCAAGAUCCAAAUGGCCUCAAUGGCCCUAGCUCUAACCUGUCGCCUGUUGUUCGCGUUGGGAGCACACAGGCAGCCCAGCGCAGGGAGCGAUGUGCCCGAGCAGCAAAGCCGGACAAGAAGCCACGCGCGUAAGCUGUUCUGGCUCUGCUGGUACACCUUUGACAAGAUCGUGGCACUUCGGACCAGCCAGCCUCCCUGCAUCGACGACGAGCACUGCGACCUGACGCUACCUCCGGGCUAUGUAGACGAGCUAUACGUUGACCACAAUGACACCACCAUUAGUAGCAGUAGCAGUAGCGGCGCCCUCUGCUACCUGCCGGGCGAUUUACGGCUGAGCAUCAUCAAGUCCAAGGUCUGCAGGCUGCUAUACUCGAUUCGCCUACAGCAGUAUCCGUCCAACCAGCAGCAUCACCGCCCAACACCCAACGCUGGGCUGCUGCGCGAAGUGCGCGAAUUGGACAGUGAGCUAGAGCGGUGGCGCCUCUCCAUCCCGGCCCGGUUCCGGCCCAUGCUGCUCGGCCGGAACUACGGCGGCAACAACAACAGCGCCUGGUGGCUUGACCCUACUUUAGACGCCAGCCAGAGGAUGCAUGUUAUGGUGCUGCACUUUGAGUACCAGCACCUUGUGACCGCUCUGCACCGAGCCGCGAGCCCGUGGCUCACCGAGGGAAGCGAAGCAACCGUAUCAACGGCGGCGACCUUGCCGUUGGGGUCCAGUCAGAGUCAGACCUUGUCUAUCGAGGCCAGCCGGUCUUGUCUAACGUACUUUCGCGAUACUGCUCCUUCCCUGAUGGGAGCUGCCUUUUGGGUACUACUCCUCUACCCCGUAUCUGCUGUAGUCACUCUAUUUUUCAACCUGUUGCGGAAUCCACUGGACGACCAGUCGGCAGACGACCUCAGACUCCUCGAGUCCAUCCCGAACUUGGUGAACGUGGACCGUGCUAGAAGCUCGAUCCCACCCUAUGUGCUUGACUUGAACACCGUUGAUGAUUUUGUGGCUGAGGUGAUCCGAUUGUCCAAGUGUGCGAUUACUAUGGCCGCACACGUCAAGUACCUUCGGUAG